AUGAUACUGCAAAUAACUACAAUUUCUUCAUUUUCCUAUUUUGCACUUACUACAGCUGCAACAACUACAACCCAUCCGACAGCAACUGCUUCUACAGCGAUUCCAUCAACUACGGAUUUACCUACUGCAAUUACUCCAUCUUCCGUUUCACCUACUACGGUCGCGACUUCUACGGCGGCACUUACGACGGCUGCCCCGACUACAGCUCCAACUCCAACAGCUGAAUCUACCACAACUACACCUACUGCAACUUCUACUACCGCAUAUACAUCUACCACAGCUACACCUUCCACAGCAUCACCUACCACAACUACUCCUACCACAGUUACAUCUACCACAGCUACACCUAACACAGCUACACAUACCACAGCUAUACCUACCACAACUACACCUAACACAACUACACCUAACACAGCUACACAUACCACAGAUACACCUAACACAGCUACACCUACCACAGCUACACCUAACACAACUACACCUACCACAGCUACACCUAACACAGCUACACCUAACACAGCUACACCUACCACAACUACACCUAACACAAUUACACCUAACACAGCUACACCUACCACAGCUACACCUAACACAGCUACACUUAACACAGCUACACCUACAACAGAUACACCUACCACAACUUCACUUAACACAACUACACCUACAACAGCUACACCUAACACAGCUACACCUUACACAACUACACCUAACACAACUACACCUAACACAGCUACACCUAACACAGCUACACCUAACACAACUACACCUAACACAGCUUCACCUAACACAACUACACCUAACACAGCUAUACCUACCACAACUACACCUAACACAACUACACCUACCACAGCUACACCUACCACAGCUACACCUAACACAGCUACACCUAACACAGCUACACCUAACACAGCUAUACCUACCACAACUACACCUAACACAACUACACCUACAACAGCUACACCUAUUACAGCUACUCCUACAACAACUACACCUACCACAACUACACCUACCACAACUGCACCUAACACAACUACACCUAACACAGCUACACCUACCACAAAUACACCUACCACAGCUACACAUACCACAGCUACACCUACCACAGCUACACCUACCACAGCUACACCUAACACAGCUACACCUACCACAGCUACACCUACCACAACUACACCUAACACAGCUACACCGACCACAGCUACACCUACCACAGCUACACCUAACACAGCUACACCGACCACAGCUACACCUACCACAAAUAAACCUAACACAACUACACCUACCACAGCUACACCUAACACAACUACACCUAACACAACUACACCUAACACAGCUACACAUACCACAGCUACACAUACCACAGCUACACCUAACACAGCUACAUAUACCACAGCUACACCUAACACAACUACACCUAACACAACUACAUCUAAUACAACUACACCUAACACAACUACACCUACCACAGCUACACCUAACACAACUACACCUACCACAGCUACACAUACCACAACUACACCUAGCACAACUACACCUAACACAACUACACUUAGCACAACUACAUCUAACACACCUACACCUAACACAGCUACACCUACCACAGCUACACCUAACACAACUACACUUACCACAGCUACACCUAACACAACUACACCUAACACAACUACACCUAACACAGCUACACAUACCACAGCUGCACCCAACACAACUACACCUAACACAGCUACACAUACCACAGCUACACCUAGCACAGCUACACAUACCACAGCUACACCUAGCACAACUACACCUACCACAGCUACACCUAACACAACUACACCUAACACAGCUACACAUACCACAACUACACCUAACACAACUACACCUAACACAACUACACCUACCACAGCUACACCUAACACAACUACACCUACCACAGCUACACAUACCACAACUACACCUAACACAACUACACCUAACACAACUACACCUAGCACAGCUACACCUACCACAACUACACCUAACACAACUACACCUACCACAGCUAAACCUGCCACAGCUACACCUACCACAACUACACCUAACACAGCCACACAUACCACAACUACACCUAGCACAACUACACCUAACACAGCUACACCUAACACAACUACACCUAACACAACUACACCUACCACAGCUACAUCUACCACAACUACACCUAACACAACUACACCUACCACAACUACACCUACCACAGCUACACCUAACACAACUACACCUACCACAGCUACACAUACCACAACUACACCUAACACAACUACACCUAACACAACUACACCUAGCACAACUACACCUAACACACCUACACCUAACACAGCUACACCUACCACAGCUACACCUAACACAACUACACUUACCACAGCUACACCUAACACAACUACACCUAACACAACUACACCUAACACAGCUACACAUACCACAGCUACACCCAACACAACUACACCUAACACAGCUACACAUACCACAGCUACACCUAACACAGCUACACAUACCACAGCUACACAUACCACAACUACACCUAGCACAACUACACCUACCACAGCUACACCUAACACAACUACACCUAACACAGCUACACAUACCACAACUACACCUAACACAACUACACCUAACACAACAACACCUAACACAACUACACCUAACACAACUACACCUACCACAGCUACACCUAACACAACUACACCUACCACAGCUACACAUACCACAACUACACCUAACACAACUACACCUAACACAACAACACCUAGCACAGCUACACCUACCACAACUACACCUAACACAACUACACCUACCACAGCUACACCUACUACAGCUACACCUACCACAACUACACCUAACACAGCCACACAUACCACAACAACACCUAGCACAACUACACCUAACACAACUACACCUAACACAACUACACCUACCACAGCUACACCUAACACAACUACACCUAGCACAGCUACACCUAACACAGCUAUACCUAUCACAACUACACCUAACACAACUACACCUAACACAGCUACACCUACCACAGCUACACCUAACACAGCUACACCUACCACAGCUACACCUAACACAGCUAUACCUACCACAACUACUCCUACCACAACUACACCUACCACAACCUCACCUACCACAACUGCACCUACUACAACUAUACCUACCACAACUGCACCUACUACAACUACUCCUACCACAACUACUCCUACCUCAACUAUACCUACCACAACUGCACCUACCACAACUACUCCUACCACAACUACUCCUACCAUAACUACUUCUACCACAACUACUCCUACCACGACUACUCCUUCCACAACUACUCCUACCACAACUACUCCUACCACGACUACUCCUACCACAACAACACCUACCACAACUACACCUACUACAACUGCACCUACUUCAGCUACACAUUCUACUGCUACACCCUCUUCAGAUUCACCUACAUCACCGUCGCCAAGUGUAGGUGAGUGCAUGAUCAUCAAACUAAACAACUUUUAA